UUUAGCGCCAGUGCGAGGCGCUUGUGUCUCCCAGGCCACGGGUCUAUGGGGCUGCAGGGAGGUAAGGGGCCCUCGUGUCAAUCAGGAUCGGGGCCCCGUGAGCACGGCAGCCCCCAGCACCAGCGGCGUGUGCUCCCCCGUGUCACGAGAGACUGGUUUGCACUAGGGCAGACGUGCAGAGCUCUAACCCACCCUGUGUCACGGGGCUCCCUCAAACCCGCCUCAGUUUCCCCAGGGGGAAGGCCCGGGAGCCAGCCUGUGUUCUCAGCCCUUCCCUCCUAUUGCUCCGCUGUCUCCCUCCGGCCCCAUCCACUGCCCCCGUUGGCAGGGGCCCGUCCCGCUCUGUGGUGGGUGAGAGUGGCUCUUUUUUCUCGUUUUCCUUUCUUCACCCUGUGGCUUGGCUGUUCUUUCCCUUGUGCUGUGAUUAACCCCAUGAGUGUGGGGCCGGGGGUGCAGGGGGCAGGCAGACGGGCAGAGGGACCGGGAGAUGGCUGUGGGCCCCUUCCGGGGGAUCCCAGAACCUGUCAAGCUGCCCCCUGGCAGGGGGCGGUCACUGCCUCGAGGCGUAGGGGCCUGGUCGACAUGCCGUGGCUGACACGUUUUUCCCCCCGUGUCGGUGGCACCGGACCGUUUGCAGCCGUUUCGCUGGGAGGUGAAAAAAAUAAAUCUGAAAAAAGAAUCCUGUCCCGCCCUCCGCCGCGAAAUGAAUUUUUUUCUUCCAUGUUUCCUCAAAUGUUGCUGAAAAAAAAAAUCUCAGCCAUGGGAAUAAACGGCCGGAAGUCGAAAAGGCGAAACCGUUUGGUCCGACCUCUCUCCUGCUCGUGGCUCCGCCCAGGCCUCCUUCGUUUCCUGUCAUGGCGCCCCCUGCUGGUUGCUGGGGGAGAUGGCGCCGCUGAUUAGAGCUGAGGGACAGCUUGGCAGUGCCAGGGUCCCUCUGCUGUGAUGCCCACGCGCCCCCCUGCCCCCCAAAGGCCUCCCCCCCACCCUAAUCCCUGCUCUGUCUUUUGCCUUGCAGACUCAACCAAUAGCAGCUCUGCCAAAUCGAAGGGCUCGGGGGUGCCCCGCAAGGACCAGUACGCCAAGGAGCUGCUCGCCAUUUCCUUCAUCUCCGCCGUCAACCGCAAGAGGAAGAAGCGGCGCGAGGCCAAGCUCUUGGGGAGCAGCACGGACGACGACUCGGAGCACGAGGCCCCGCUGGGCGCCGGCAGAGGCCGUGCCGAGGAGGCCGGGGGUGCCCCCCCUGACGCCCUGCCCCCGCCUAACUGCCCCCGCCUGACGCCCUGCCCAGACCGGCUAAGCCAAAUAGGGCGUCAGCCAGAUAUACCUGAGACGCGCCGGCGCGCACCUGACUGGGUGUGA